UUCAGUUUAUAGAGGACAUAAAACGAAUCUGGUAAAUAUUUUUGAAGGCACAACUGAUAAUCCAACAAUGAUGGUAUUUGCAUUUUAUAAUUCAUUUUGGGCGUACGAUGGAUGGUCAGCUAUUACUUCCGUUACAGAAGAAGUCAAAAAUCCAUCAAAAAAUAUUCCACGCUGUAUUUUAAUAAGUGUUCCAUUCGUAACGACUUUAUAUGUAUUUAUGAAUAUUGCAUAUAUGGCGGAAUUAAGUAAAGAUGAAAUGGAAACAACACCAACUGUUGCCGUAUUAUAUGGUAAAACAAUUCUAGGUGAUUUUAAUAUAAUUAUUUCAAUUGGUGUAGCAUUAUCAACAUUUGGCUGUGCGUUAAGUAGCCAAUUUAGAAACACUCGACUAUAUUAUGUUGCAAGUCAAGAAGGACAUAUGAUUCGGGUACUAUCUUUUCUAAAUAUCAAUAGAAUGACACCUGCACCGGCCGUUGCCUUUCAGUGUAUUAUUUCAGCGAUAUUUGUGAUAUUUAGUGAUCUGUAUGGACUAAUUGUAUAUUCAAGUUUAUUCUUGUGUAUUUUUUAUACACUUUCAAUAGUUGCAUUAAUUACGUUGAGAAGAACUAAACCGGACGCAAAUCGACCAUAUAAGGUUCCAAUUGUAAUUGCAUAUUUGGCUCUAAUUAUAAACGCAUUUUUUGCUAUUUAUCCAAUAGUAUCCAAUUUCUCGUUGAAGCACAUCUUUAGUUUGGGUUUUGUGGCAUGCGGAAUUAUUCUGUAUACAUUCUUUGUAUAUUAUAAAUUUAAAUUUUCAAAUUUAGAUUGGUUUACUUCCAUAAUUCAAAAGAUUUUCCAAGCUGCUCCGCCAUCUUUGCCAAAUACGACAAGUAAAGACACUUCAAAAUGA